AUGCCGAACUCUAGCCGCCGAUGUCCCAAUCCAAGCACCGUCCGGGCCUGCGUCAACUGCCAGAAGCGCAAAAGCCGAUGCAUGAGAGGCAGCGCAGCCAACGACCCAUGUUCUUACUGCGCCAAAACAGGCAAGACGUGCAGCUUUGAGAAGCCCCCUGAUCGGACGCCUCUGACCCGGAAGAACCUCGACGCAGCCGAGCUCCGGUGCAAGCAGCUCCAGAAUCUCAUCAGAUCCUUGAACCCGGAGCUUGACAUCAAUUCAGCCCUCGGAGAGACGCAGAACCAGCAGGAGUCAGUAGGAAAUGAAGAUGAUGACGGAAGCGGCUCGUUACAUUCCCCGCUGGGAGACUCGGAUGAAGUCACACCUCAUAGCUACGAAUGGCACGAAGGGUCGCUGUCGCCAGAGUUCAAAUCUUCAGGCCACGAGAAUGACGGAAUGGCCAUGCUACCAACCCACGACUCUGGUUACUUAGGGAGCAGUUCUGGUUCCCAGUUGCUUGGGGAGAUCGACUCCGUGAUCCACGUUGCGCAUCCAGCCACUCACAACCACACAUCACAUCGUAAAAGACAACGUAGAUCGUCCAGUUCAGCCGGGUUUGCGGUACCUGAACCUUUCGAUCUGCCAUCGUCAUAUAUCGCUGGCCGAUUAAUCGAUGCCUACUUCCUACUCUACAACACCUCCUAUCCGGUUCUUCACGAGCGGAUUUUCAGAGAAAGGGUUGACGCAGGGCGUCGUCAGCGGCUCACGAACUCACCAUGGCGCGUCGUCUAUCAAAUGGUCUUGGCCAUCGGCCACUGGCUCUCCAGUACCGAGUCAGAGCAUCUGCAGUCGAGCUACUACAGCGCAGCGCGGUCCAGUCUGUCUCUUCAGAUGCUUGAGUCCGGCACUAUCGAGACAGUUCAGGCCUUUUUGCUUAUGAGCAACUACCUACAGAAGAGAGAUAGGACCAAUACUGGCUAUAACUUCAGCGGUUUAGCGUACAGAAUGGCGCUAGGACUAGGUCUUCAUCGCGAACCUCCAGCAUUAGAGGAUACUUUAGGACAUGAGCGGCGACGGCAGCUCUUUUGGACUAUCUACUGUUUUGAGAGCGGGUUCAACAUCACCACCGGAAGACCGCCCGCGAUGUCGGAAGAUUUCAUAGAUACCCGGAUUCCGCGAAACAUCGACGAUAAGGAACUGCCACUCAAGGCACCGGUAUCACGACCAGUUGAUUACCCGACUACCUACUCAGCAAUUAUCGCACAAGCAAAGCUAGCCAAAAUUGCUGAUGCUGUGUAUCAUGAGUUUCUACUGGCAAAAACCGCCGGAACAAAGGUCGAAUACAGAGUCGCCGAAACAAUGGACCGAGAUCUCAACUGCUGGCAACAAGCUUUGCCCGCAUAUUUCACCCAGACCGACUGCCCAUCGUGGUUCCGGGCGCCUCGAGCGGUCGUGCUCUGGAAAGAGCAGAACCUUCGCAUUCUCCUCUGGCGCGGCAGUCAGCAACACCACAGCUACCUGCCCACCAAAGUGAAGGCGGAAGAGAAGUGCCUGAACGUUGCUAUGCAAAGCAUUCAUGAUAUUGCUACUUUCUGUAUGGCGAAUGAAGUUUCUCUACACCAGGGUAUCGUGUGGUACGCGACAUACUUUCUUUUCCAGGCCACUCUAGUCCUGGAAGCAAACUAUCUCACCAAAAGCACUUCCACAGACCAAACCGACAGACUUGUAUGGCAGCACUCAGUCUCCAAGUCACGCGCCUGCUUAAAGACCUUGGCGCAGAAGAGCAGAUCGGCGAAACGAUGUCUGGAGAUGCUGGAUCGCAUCCACAACCAGUUCCAGUUUCUACCGCAAUUGGACUUGGGAUUGGAUCAAGCCUACUUCCAAUCCGUGGUUCCUCAAAUGUUAGAUGAGGCUGAAGCGAGACCGGCGGCGUCCCACUUUGUCGCGCCGACCCAGAACUUUGCUGAUCUGCCGAGUGAGAACGACUUUGCCUUCUAUAGUGAAAGUCAACCAGCUUUUGAUGACGAUGCUGCGGACCCAAGCCUGCGGAUGCUGCUCAAUGAGUCUUCCAUAGACUUCAUGGAAAAUAUGCCGCUCGACCUAUUACUUGGGGAUUGGACGUCUUGA